AUGUCAGCAAUUCCCUCACAAGCUCAAGGCAACGGCCUUCCCUCACAGCCACCGGCUGGAGCACUAGCAACAGCCCCCGCCGCCGCCACCGCGCCAGCAGCAGUAGCAGCCGACCCCGCGACCACGGAGGAGGAGCAAGCCGCGGCCGAUGGCACAACAGCAGACGCGACUACCACAGCGCCCACCGCCGCCAACGAUGACCAACGACCAAAUAUGGACAUCCCCUCGGUGCCGGAGCCUAAGCUUCCCACGCGCAAGGACGUGUCGCUCAAGGAGCUGUUGAGCAAGAUGGAUGAAUACGCGCCUAUUAUCCCAGACGCAGUAACAGCCUUCUACAUGACCCGCGCCGGCCUGCCCCCUCCCCCACAAACCGACCAAAAGCUCGCCCGCCUGCUCGCCCUCGCAACCCAAAAGUUCAUCGCCGACAUCGCCGCCGACGCCUACCAAUACAGCCGCAUCCGCGCCUCCAACACCAACGCCAACAACCCAAUGGGCAGCCUCGGCGCCGCUGCUGGCUUUCCCAUUCCGGGACAACCUGCAAACCAGGCGGCGGGCGCGAAGGACCAAGGGAGAGGUGGACCGCUGGGGAUCCAGCGACCGGGGUAUGGUGGUGGUGGACAGGGCGGAAGCCAGAACCGGACGGUGUUGACGAUGGAGGAUUUGGGGAUGGCGGCGGGGGAGUUUGGGGUUAAUGUUAAGAGGAGCGAGUUUUAUCGCUGA